GCGCAAUCUACGAAUCGGACAGACAUCACUCAUCGUGCAGUUUUCCAGCAAAGUGCAUCUUCCUUCUACCAAUCAACCUCUAACAAUGGCUUCUAAAUUCGUCCUGAUCGUCGCUUCCCUGGCCUGUGUCAGCGCCGGAUACAUCCCGAGUGAUGCCUCCCAUCUGUCCUAUGCUCCGUCCGCUGUCAGCUACUCCAACAUCGUCAAGCAUGGUGCGCCGGUGGUGAGCAAGACCAUCCUUCCUGAGCCACAGCUGUACCACGGAUAUGCCCAGGCUGCUCCAUCGAUUGUGAUCAGCAAACCUCUGGCUCUUACCAACCCUCUUCCAACCCUGGGCUAUGCUGCUCCUCAUUCUCUGUACCAGGCUCCGGCUCUGGUGAAGAACAUCGAGUACUCGAAGCCGCUGUCGUAUGGCCCGAUUGCCAAGACUCUGAUUGCUGAGCCAACGUACGCCAAGACUCUGAUUGCUGAGCCAGCAUACACCAAGACUCUGAUUGCUGAGCCAGCAUACACCAAGUCUCUGAUUGCUGAGCCUGCAUACACCAAGUCUCUGAUUGCUGAGCCCGCAUACGCCAAGACUCUGAUUGCUGAGCCUGCAUACACCAAGACCAUUGUUUCGGAGCCAAUCUACACCAAGAACGUGUUCGCUGAGCCCAUCUAUCCGGGCAAAGCUCUGAUCGCUGAGCCAGUGUACGGCAAGAGCAUUAUCGCUCAGCCAGCUCCGAUCUACGGCGGAAAGGUCCUCUCUUAUGGACAAAACCUCGGUUACGGUGGCAUCUAUGGCCAUGGAUUGUAA